ACUUGUGAAAUAUAUAUAGGCCAAGAAAAGAGGCCAAAAACCUUAGAAUUUUCAGUCUCUCUUUGCUCACUAAGAAUGUGUUCUCGAUCUCCAAACCCAGAAGCCCAAAAGAAGCAUUUUUUGCUGGUUCAUGGAGCUGGCCAUGGGGCAUGGUGUUGGUACAAGUUGUCAGCUCUGCUCAUCUCUGCAAGCCACCAUGUUACAGCUCUAGACCUAGCAGCAUCUGGAGACAACCCAAAACAGAUAAAUCAAGUCCAUUGCUUGGCGGACUAUGUUGAGCCGUUGAUUGAAUUCAUGGAGUCUCUCCCACCAGAGGAUAGGGUUAUCUUGGUCGGCCAUAGCAUGGGUGGGGCCUGCAUAUCUAUUGCCAUGGAGAGGUUCCCUGAGAAAAUAUCUGUUGCUGUAUUUGUCUCCGCUUUGAUGCCUGGCCCUACUUUGAGUUACUUGACCACAGGUAAAGAGGUUGGUAGUAGAUUGGAAUUAAAGGAUUCUGAAUAUAGAUAUGAUAAAGGACCCAACAACCCUCCAACAUCGGGAAUUAUUGGUCCCCAACGUAUGACUUCAAUGUUCUACCAGCUCUCCCCCCCAGAGGAUUUAGCACUGGCGUUGUCAUCGCUGAGAUAUUUCCCUCUCUUUGACGAGGAAAUAAAACUCACCAAAGAGAAAUAUGGGUUGGUUCGUAGAGUAUAUAUCGUGUGCGACCAAGACCUUGCCAUAGGGGAGGAUGUGCAACGGUGGAUGAUCAAGGAAAAUCCUCCACAUGAAGUCAAAGUGAUCAAUGGUUCUGAUCAUAUGCCCAUGUUCUCCAAACCGCAGGAAUUCUUCUCCACCCUCCAAGAGAUUUCUGAAAAAUAUUCCUAAACAUCGUAAGCACCCACCUGAUAAACUAUAGCCAGGAGCUUGUCGUCAUUGUAUAGAUAGAUGCAGUCCAACCAAAGUCGUCUCCUACAACAUAUGUUUUCUGCGAAGCUUCUAGUGUACGUAACAAUAUUGCUGUUGUUGCCACCCUUAGCAAAAGAACGGUGAAGUUCAUUAUAUCUGUACCCUAUAUAGGGAAAUAUGUAUAUAUGUAUGUAUCAAAUGCCUUGUCACAAUUUACAUGACUGUAUAAGCCAACUUUCCGGCAGCUAUGUGGGUCGCCUAACCCCUCUUGUCCUUCUGUAUCUGCCAGUGAUAGAUUGAAAAGAAUACGCGACAACUAUUUGUUGAGUUUAUGCUUUUUAAGUUUUUAUUUUGGCUUCCCUUGACAAUAUUGUAAUAGGACAUACAUUGUAAUUACCCAAGCUCAAGUUUAGUUUAAGAAUAGUUUCUCUAAGUAUUUUUAUC